AGGGAAUCGCCGAUAGGAAAGUGCAUAGAAUAUGAAUAAAAGGGCGUCGAUAAGAGCGCGCGCGGUGCAAGGUCGAAUAUGACAGAUUCGUUGAACGGGGCACUUUGCGUUGUAAUAGCUGGUCGGCAAUAGUACUAUGAUUUGGUAUGUGGCCACUUUGAUAGCAAGUGUAUUCAGCACCAGAGGAACGGCCGCUCAAGGUGCCCACGGAGUGAGAGAGGAGCCCCGGUUUUUGACGGCGCGAGCUGGAGAGAGCGUGAUCCUGGGAUGUGACGUGUCCCCUCCCCUGGACGGCCAGCAGCCCCCCUACGUGGUGGAGUGGUUCAAGUUCGGAGUGCCCAUCCCCUUCUUCAUCAGCUUCCGCUUCCACCCUCCUCAUGUCGACCCAGAGUACACCGGUAGAGCCAGCCUGCAUGGGAAGGCGUCUCUUCAGAUUGACCCAGUGCGCUCAGAGGACCAGGGCUGGUACGAGUGUAGGGUUCUGAUGCUGGAGCAGCAAUACAACACCUUCCACAAUGGCAGCUGGGUGCAGCUCACAGUCAAUGCCCCUCCCACUUUUACGACCACGCCCCCACAGUAUGUGGAGGCCAAGGAGGGGGGCAGCACACUGCUGACUUGCUCCGCCCAGGGAAACCCCAAACCAAUGAUCAGCUGGCUGAGGGAGGGGGAGGAGCUUGCAACCAGUGGAAAAUACACGGUGCAUGAUGGGAGUCUGACGGUGCUGGGGAUCACUCGGGACGACAGAGGGGCGUAUACGUGUCGAGCCUUCAGCGACCAGGGAGAGGUGCUCCACACCACCCGUCUGCUGGUCCAAGGGCCACCGUAUAUUAAGUCACCACCAGAGAACAUCACUGUCAACAUAUCCCAGAAUGCACGCUUCACCUGUCAAGCAGAGGCGUAUCCUGGAAACCUGACCUACACCUGGUUUUGGGAGGAAGAUAACGUCUACUUCACUAAGAAUGACCUGAAAAACCGAGUCCGCAUCCUCAUUGACGGAACCCUCCACAUCUUCCGGGUGAAACCAGAGGAUGCUGGGAAAUACACCUGCAGCCCAAGCAACAGCCUUGGAACUCCACCGUCAGCAUCAGCACACCUCUCUGUUCAGUACCCUGCCCGUGUGCUCAACAUGCCCUCCAUCAUAUACGUUCCACGGAAACUUCCAGGGGUCAUCCGCUGCCCGGCGGACGCCAACCCGCCGGUGAUAUCAGUGAAGUGGGAGAAAGAUGGCUACCCUCUCAGAGUGGAGAAGUACCCCGGAUGGAGCCAGGCACCGGAUGGGAGUAUCCGGGUGGCAGAGGCCACAGAAGACUCCCUUGGCACCUACACCUGUAUGCCUUACAACACCCUGGGUACAAUGGGUCAGUCUGACCCGGCCACUCUGGUGCUAAAGGAUCCCCCCUACUUUAACGUGAGGCCUGGUGGGGAGUACCGCCAAGAGGCUGGUAGAGAGCUGGUCAUCCCCUGUGCUGCCUCGGGAGACCCUGAGAUACCAACCAUCACCUGGAGGAAGGUGGGGAAGCCCAGCAAGAGUAAGCACAACAUCCUCCCCAGCGGCAGCUUACAGUUCCUAUCCCUCAGCAAGGAAGAUCAUGGGGAAUGGGAGUGUGUGGCCACCAAUGUGGUCACCAGCAUCACUGCCAGCACGCGCCUCCUCGUCAUAGGCACCAGCCCACAUGCUCCAGGCAACAUUCGUGUGUUGCCCUCGGUGACCUCGGCCAAUGUGUCCUGGGAGCCGGGUUACGACGGAGGCUUUGAGCAGACAUUCUCAGUGUGGUAUGGCCCAGUGUUGAAAAAGGAGAAUUUUGGCCCCCAUGACUGGCACUCCUUGCCAGUGUCGGGGUCUCAGACGUGGUUGGUGGUGCCGGGGCUGGAGCCCAGGACAGAGUACCAGUUCAGCGUCCUGGCACAGAACAAGCUGGGCACAGGCCCUUUCAGCGAGGUUGUGACGGUUAACACAGUAGUGUCUCCCCUGAGUACCCCUGAACCACAGGUGCUUCUUACUCCACCACGGUGCCUCACAGCCAAUCGCACACAGCACGGCGUCCUGCUCACAUGGCUCCCACCAGCCAAUCACUCAUCGCCUGUCGACCGCUACAUCAUGGAGUUCCGUCUCGGGGAGAGGUGGGAGGUCCUCGACGAUCUGAUCUCUGCCGCUGAGACUGAGCUGAUGGCCAGGGACCUAGUCCAGGAGUCCUGGUAUGAGUUCAGAGUCAUGGCCGUCAUGGACGACCUCAUCAGUGAGAGCAGUAAUGUGGUGGGAGUGUCAAGCACAGAUCCCUUCCCCCCUGCGGAGGUGACUGAAGAGGGGUUGGCGCUGCCCGUGGUAGCGGGCGUUGUGGCAACCAUCUGCUUUCUGGCGGCUGCAGUGCUCUUCAGUACUCUAGCAGCCUGCUUCGUCAACAAACAGCACCAACGCAAACUCAAACGCAAACCAGACCCUCCCCUGUCUGUAACACACUUCAGGAAAAGCAUUGACUCAUCGCCUCCUCUCACCCCCUUGCCCGGGGUAGAGCCCUGUUGGGACGCGCCAGCCAGGAGCAGCUACAUGCCCCCACCAGCCAGGAGCAGCUACAUGCCCCCACCAGCCAGCUCCCUGCUGUCCUCUGGGAAGAUCAGUCCAGAGAGCUCCCCUCCCGCCUCACGGCCCCAGUCCCUGUCCUCAGAUGGGGCCCACGGCCCGGGCCUAUACGUCAGGAGACUGCCCAGCCCUCAGAGAGACAGGGACAAAGAGCUCUCCUUCUACAAGAAAACCAAGCGUGCUAUAGCCAGCAAGAAGUACAGUGUGUCCAAGCACGAGGCAGAGGUCACCAGCCCCAUCGAGCUGAUCAGCCGCGGUCCUGACGGCCGUUUCAGCAUGGCCAGCCCGCCAUCAGCCCACCGCCGCAUCCAGGGCUUCCCGUUCGCUGAGGAGUCCGACAUGUACCCCGAGUUCCGGCAGUCCGACGAGGAGAAUGACUUUGACCCCGGGCCCCUGCCCCCGAUCAUGGCCACGCUCCGACCACAGCUCUCCCCAACAUCCUCCAGCCUGGAGUCCACGCAGCCCCCAAACUACAGCCCCCGCCUCCACAGGCCCAUGGAAGGUAUGAGCUUUGUGGAGGGCAGUGGGCAUCAUGCUGCAGGGCAGGCCCCAGCCUCCCGCUACAGGGACUUUCCCCAGGUCCCCUUCUAUGGGUAUCUAGGCAGCCGCGGUGAAUCGGGGAUUCCGCCACCUUUUUACAUGCCGGACAUCAGUCCGCAUAGCUCCGCUCUGUCCUCCCCCCCAGGCACUGCUGACGGGGGGCCCUACGGUUAUCCCUCCAUCCCAGAGGAGAGGGAAGAGAUGGAGCUCCAUCAUCAGUACACUUCCUCUGGCCAUUCCCUCCCACAUACACACAGCCCUCCCCCUCGCUCCCCUCGCUCACCUGACAGCUGGCAGCCUCACGAAUUCCCCUUCCUGGGUCUGGAGGGGCCCCGCUUCAUUUAUCCACCUCAUCAUCCUUUACAUCAUCACCAGGACCUUCCCGACCCUCCACCGUACCCCCCUCUCCACUCUCUCCCCCCCAGCCGCCUGCACCUCCCCAGCCCUCGGCUCCUGCAGUUGGAGGUCCCCAUGGCUCCACAGGGCAGAGACCAACCCCCAGGCCUUCCAGCUAGGCGCUUAGCUAUGCAACAGGCCCAGAGUCUCGGCCAGCUCAGACACACAUCCCAUGGUGUGGGUGUACCAGUGUUGCCUUACCCUGACCCAUCUGCCCGUGCAGGGAGCCCAAGCACAGCCCCUAGCAGCAGCCCCCAGUCCUGGCUCAGCCCGAGGUCAGGGCGUAGGACAGACCCCUCCCUGCCCCCGCUGGUCCUCCAACCCUCCCGCCUCUCCCCCCUCUCCCAGAGCCCCCUUAGCACCCAGCCAGGUUCCCCAGAUAUCCUAGUCCGCCCACCACCCCACCCCAGCAUCCUCCGCACCUCCCGCUCUCUGGAGAUGCCUGAGAUCACCCUGCACCCCCAAGCCACCGUCAGUUUCUCCCGAAGGUCCUCCCUGGCCUCCUCCCCCACCCAGGGCCAGCAGGGAAGCUGCAGGCCCAGCCCCAGUUACCGUCCCCACAUGUCCUAUGCUUCUACAGCAGCCAGUUACCCCUCCCAGUCCCCCUCUCCCCCCUUGGAGGGCAGGGAUGUGUUCGGGCAGUGGCCGUCCCAGAGGAGAACAGAGGAGGAGAUGCUGCCCUCAGAGCCCUCCCAGCUCCAGAUAUCCGCCUCAGGGGAACCUCUAGGUGCGUCUAGUGAUCCUGCUGGGUCUGAGAGCUUACAGUCACUGCUACACCACUGUAUUACUAAAGCCAAGAGAGUGGCUGCCAACACCAAUAACAACUCCACUUCCAGGAGAAGAACAGGUGUGUCUCCCUCUCAGACCCAGCAGCAAUCCCAGACCCCCUCGGCUCACAGAGAAGAUCUCUACCUCCACAGGAAGAGGAAAAGUCAGAACAGGAAGAGCCCAUAUCUCUUCUUAACCUCCUUCCUGCACCGCAGCAGACGCUCUGAGGAGGACCAGGCGGCCAUCCUGGCCAGUACAGACUCAGACGGGCCCAACUGCAGGACUCCCCACUGACCACUGACCAGUAUGUCCACUGCUGUCACUCACAGACAGAUCAAGCCAUGGGAGGCAACUACAUUGACCUGCCAACCUAGAUCUCUCUAUAAGUCCCAUACAGAAAUGAUGAUAAUCAUGUGAUUAAUUCCAUUCAGCUUUUGGCAGUGGGUAACCUGUCUCUAGCAUUUUCCAAAUAAUUUAGAGACAAAAUAAAGAUGUUUUCCGUGUCUCCCUGAGGAUAAUGUUGUUAGGGUCACCAGAUAAAACAUCUGUAGUGUAAAUACAUAAAAUAAUGAAAAGUCCCUGGUCAUGGAGGAGUCUAUCUGAGGUGUUACAGUGACACAGUGGACUAAACCUGGUGUGUUCCUUAGACAAGGACCUCAGCCUACCUUUCCUACAAUUCAAAUAGUGUCAGUAUCUAACACAGGGUACUUAUUGCAAAAUAUACCUCAGAGUAAGUGCAGAAUUGCUGUAAUUCUAUUGGAAUAUACGUAUUUUACAUUAUUUUUCAAAUGAAAUGUAUGAAAGAAAUGGUAUAUAAUAUCAUUCACUUCACACAUGAAUUGGAUGCUGUGGCCUGAAGUCUGAUUUUCAUCCGCUUUUAAUAUCGAGCCCAAUCUGCAUAUUUUGCUUAAUCCCAAAAGAAUAUCAUCCAAUACAAGGCGUGGUAUGAUAUUGGUAUAUUUCAAAUCACUAAAAGACAUGUUCUCACUCUUGCAUUUAACCAUGUGAUCAAAUCCAGUAAAGGUGAGCCCAUGUUCUUCUUGCUAAGACAUACAGUAACUUUGUGUUCAAGAGGCCAAAUGUACACUUGAUAGGGUGAGGACAGAAGAGGGGUGAGAAAAUGUGAUAAAUGUGUAUACAGUGUUUUUCAUUAAUAUGGAGGAAACCUCCAGUCUAUUGUGGAGUAUGGCACAUCUCUAGGUGCCUUGUUCGCCUUUUCUCUCUUGUUUUUGAAAAGUGAAUGAACUGCCUUUUCCUUCACCUUCACGCAUUCUCUCUCUCUGUUGGGACUCAUUAUAAGCUCCAGUCUGACCUGUGGACUGACUCUACUUUUUCUGCCAAGGACACCGAGCUGUGAGUAAGGGGUACUGAAGGUGUAUUACUCUGGUUCUUUUUUUAUCUUGACUGUGUAUAUUCUACUAAUAGAACAGACCUAUAAUAACAAUUAGUGAUGAUGAUGACAGUGUUAAUCAUUUCAGGUUUAACAUUGUGGUAAUGCUAUAACAUAGAUAUUUAAAAAAAACACACACAAUUUAAUCAACAUUUAAAUGUAAAAGGUACAGAAGUAGUUAUUAUGCAGAAAGUGAAUCUUGCCACUGAUGUUCAUAUUUCAAAACAGCUGUAAUACUGAAUACUGUAUUGAAAAAACUGAUUGCUGUUUAUUAGGUGAUUUUAACAAGUGGGCUUGUUAGAUGACAAGUGACAACAUUUGGCUUACAUUAACUAAACUCAAAAGGUGGGGUGGCUGUCUCGACUCUCAACUGUUUAUCUCUAGCAACGGUAUAAUAUUACCUGCUAGCUAUUUCUCUGUAUGUUUAUUCAUUUUAACACUAACCGAUAAUGAAUGUAUGUUUUGCUGUACAGGAAGUGACUGUCCUGAUGUCAUAGUACAACGGAUGACCUGUCGCAUGUGGUGGUAUUAAGUUUAGGUUUAAUUGGCUAGUUGGCUAGUUGGCACAAUAGUUUGAUUUGAUUUAUCACACAAGGUUAGCUGGUUAACCAAGGAUGGGUUCAACCACUCUUGGUUGAAUUCUUUCCUUGACACGGAUGGUUAAUGUUAUCAUGUUCUUCUCACCCUGUAGACUAGACCUAUUAGAGAGCUUUACACUUACACACUUACAAGAUGAAUCACUGGAAGACAUUGAGAUUUUAAACCAGUUGUCUGAUUUGGAGUCACUUUUAUCUCUACUGAUAGCAAUUCAGGAGUUGAACUAGACAUAAGAACUCUCUGAAUGUAUGUUAACUGAACCCCUCUCUGCUUGCUAUAGAAUAUAAAUCAGUGAUCAAAACAUCAACUUUAUCUGCCCUCUUCACUCACUUUCCAACAUAUGUUUUUUAAAUUGGUGAGAUAGUGACAAUUUUGAGGAAUGAAGUUAAUUGAAAUUGAUACAUCAACGUGCAUAUUCCUAGAACUGGAUGUAUGUAAGAUACGGGGGAAAUCUAUAUUCAUAAUGUAUACAUGGUGUGUACUGUAUUUGGGAAGAUGAAACAGAAAGAUUUUUUGUUCAAUAUGCUUGAGGACAAAAAUAGAGAGACAGAUUUAAAGCAAGUUAAUAUUAGAUGUGAUGAAAGUAUUUGCUUUAAGGCUUUAAGUGGACAAUAUUUAUAAAACAUCUUAAGGUGCUUCGUUUGUCAUGUUUUUGGAGACAUUAUUUUACGUUUAUGGAAGUAAAUGUUAGCACAGAACAAAUGUUUUAUUGUCAUGUGGGCCUGUUGGUUGCACAAGUUCAGUAGUAUUUCUUCUGUUGUAUAGUAUGUGAAUGAAUACCAAUUUGAAAAGCAUCAACGUGUCGUUGCUGGACUAAACCUUAUCUGAAACAGAAAACUUUUUUUUUCACAAGCACACAGGUAGAUUCACUCACGAUCACUUGCCUCCAGAUGUCCAAAGUAACAAAGAAACAAAAGAGAGCCACAAACAAUCUAAUAGUUAUGGGGUACUGUAUGUGCUGCAACCGAAGUCGUGUUUACAUUAGCUAGAGAUGACGUACGUGCUACUAGGACGUAGUUGCUUUCAACAUUAUGACUUGGUGCUAUGUUUAACUCUGUGGUGCUGUAGAUCAGAGCCCUAAUCUCUUGAAGUCCUCUGUGUUUUACCAAUUCAACUAGUUCCAUCGCUGUAAGUCCUAUUAAUAAACUAGUGUGAUUGGCAAUGAGCAAAUUGUAUUGAUUGUGGGAUCAGAUAGUGGCAAUAGAUAGUGUGGUGACAUUCAAAAAAUACAUCAAAGAGACUUAGAAUAAUGUAGCAAUGGAACAAUAGUUAGUUUCUGUCUCUGCUCCAGCCUCUGUCUGUGCUUCCAGGGUACCCUCUCCAGAGUGUUGUACUUGUGUUGAAGGGGAGAUAUAAUACCCAGAUUAGAUGGGGAAACCUACUUGGUGUGAAGUUAUUUAUCAGUACUUUUGAUCAGUAUUAAAUAUGUAACAGCAGACAGGGGAGGGAAUCUGAGCCCAUGGUCAGGGCAUGAGAAGGUCGUUCUACACUACACACUUCCUACAGGUCAAAACUAUUUUUAAUGGACAGCACUGUUUUCAAGCACACAACUGCAGGGGCAUAACCUUCUUAUGUGAUUUCUCUCCACUGGUUUCACAAAGUCUCCUAUUGGGGGACAGUAUUGUACAGUAUAGCCAAUAAGAGUAUUCAUCAAACAGCGUUUGUAUUUAAGCUGAUUCUUCUCGUAUGUUUUGGUAAAGGUAUUGCUGACACACUCUUCAUAUAGACUUUUACUAAUGUAUGUAGUCUUCCGGGCUCUCUUGCUUUUUCAACAACAAAAAUACAUACAGUAUGUAAGAGGGCUGCUUUGGAGGUACAGAUGUAGGAUCUUAAUUUGAACCAAUUUGCUACAGCAGGAAAAUAAACCUGCAGCAAAAGAAAAUGUGAAUUAUUAUAGUGAUUAUAAUUAAUGGACGUUUUUGUAGGGUCUGAUAUAUUUUUCUUAAGGGAAAAUCAAGACUGAAAUGUCAAAGUGGAAAUUACAAACUUCAGAAGCCUUUUAAAACCUCAAAUACACUACAAGUGUGAAAUAUCAUGCAUUUCAGGAAAGUUCUCCUGCAACAGGGCGAUCAAAUUAAGAUCCUGUACUCUUAGAUCGACUUUUAUUUUGUGUUUUUCUGCUUAAAGGCUUUUAGUGCAUAAGUAGAAGCUGGUAUGAUUAUACUUAGAGCAAAUUUGAUUUAACUAUAUUUAUCUUGCAUGUAGAGACAAUACAAAAGAGCCUAUUCAGAAAUCAGUCAUAAACUUUCAACCUGGUUGUGAUCAGACAGAAAAUGGAAUAUGUAGUAUUUUCUAUGUUCUCUGUUUUUCCAUGUGUACCAGCACUGAGGAAAUAGAAUGUAUUAUUACUGUACAAUAAGUGCUACAUCUUUGACUGUUUUAACUAAUACUCCUCAUCCUCAAGCCAGUAGUGCUUAAAGGAAGAAUAUGUAGUCAUGUCAUAGCAUAUUUUCAUCCAUUGAGGCAUGUGCGUGUGCUGUACAUCACGUUUACAUUCUAUAUUUUAUGUUGACAUCUUCUGUGCAUAAUCUGUUUCAAUAUGCCUUUUUCAACUGAAACAAUUGAUCUAUAUCAGACUGUUCAUAUGUAAAUAUUUCAAAGCAAAAACAUGAAACAUAUUUUACUUUUUGUCUAUUUUACAAUGAUAACCUGCGGAUCAUUUGGAGCUUCAUCAUUCAGUUAUGAUUGAUUGACAUCAGGAAUUAUUUUACACUUAACUUUUAUGUGAGCAAUUAACUCAUCUACUGUAUGGUGCUGUACCAAAGCCUUAUGUAAAAUACUAGUCUGUGUUGAUUUUCUCUUUUGCCACUGUUGUCCAGGGAAUUCAAUAUUGUCUGGGAUCACGUGUUGCUCACUUCAUGUUCAACUGCCAUGGAACUUCUUCUUCAAACGAAACCCUGAAGAAAAAGCAUAAACGCACUGGCUUAAUACCACCAGUGGCUUCUAGAGAAUAGGUGACAAAGGCUUAUGACCUGUGGCAUAGGCUCAAGACAAAGUGGCAUACGUUUAUUAAAAAAGGCAUUGGCAAAUUUGUUGUAUCAUUGGCUCAUGAGCGGUUUGUGACAUAGACAUACAGCAUGUUCUAUGAUGAUCCAUGGCAUGCCAAUAAUAAGUGGAAAGCAGUGUUGCGUUCAUGUCCAUCAUGUGUCAAUUUCCAACGCUUAGUCCAAUGUAAUAUUUUCCUCUUCAAUUUUUGUAUUUUGAUAUAAUAAAAAUCUAAAACGUG